GCAGGUUUGCGCUGGCCCAAUGGGCUGGGCGCGGUGGGCCUGCCGGUGGGUCUGGCGAAGGCCAGCCUGGGUGUGGCCAUGCGGCCCGCCGCGGGCACCGUGGAGGCCUUCAGCAAGGUGCUGCAGGGGGUGGGCCUGCUGUGCCUGGGCAAGCGGGGCAUCCAGGGCAAGUUGGCCCGCAGGGUGCAGGCGCCAGGUCUGGCCAUCACGGAUGUGGUGCAGGCGGCCCGGGCCAACGCGGUCCAGGAGGCCUACCAGGCAUCGUUGAUUGCCGCAUGGCAGAAUGCACUUCCCAACAUUUCUUCGUCUCUGGCGGGUGAUGAAGUGGUGGACGUGGUUGCGGCGCGCCCCACCCGCGUGGUGCUGCUGACCAGCCGCCACCUCGCCUACAUCGUCGCAAAGCGACAUUCCUCC